CUUCACAUCGGUCAUAAUAGUGUGGCGGGACUUAUAUGGGAAGCUGCGCCCCUGCGACGCAUGCGACUUUUGCACAUCCAUCGUUUGUUCUUUCUCGUCGAAUGAAUCGCCUGCACCCAAUCAACAGUCGAAAAUCUGGUCUUCGAAGGUUGAUUGUUCAAUACGAUGGCGUCCUCAGGUGGCAUGCCUCCUUCAAUGGCAAAUAUGAAACCACCAUAUCCACCAACAGCAUGGGCGCUGGGUGGAGCACCCGUGAAGGAGGUCGACAUACCCGCGCAGACUGUGUUCUUGUUCCUAUUCAUGAUCGGUGCAGCUAUCCACAUGAAAAUCUUCCAGAAAAACAGAGCAAGAGGACACAGGUUCUGGUUUAAUCUCUUCAUCUUCUUCUUCUGCGUAUCACGUGUCCUCACAUCCAUACUUCGCCUUGCAUCGACAGCACAGUCUCAAAACGUCGAACUUGCUAUCGCAGCGUCUAUCUUUGUCGCCGCUGGAGUCCUCAUCAUCUUCAUCAUCAAUCUGAUAUUCGCUAUGCGUCUCGUAAGGUCACUGCACCCAAGGCUGGGGUGGCAUCCUGCAUUUGGAAUCAUCUUCAGAUUGCUGUGUAUUCUCACUGGAGCAACGAUCAUCAUGAUCAUCGCAGGUACAGUUCAAAGCUUUUUUACUCUAGAUCCGGGAGCGAAGGCUACCGAUCGAAGCCUCCAACUCUACGGCUCAACAUUCCUCGCCAUUAUCGCCACACUUCCGCUUCCUAUCGUCAUUCUCUCGCUCCUAAUUCCGUACUCGCCACCAGAUCGAUUUGGUGCUGGGCGGCUGCGAACGAAAGUCAUCGUACUGCUUGUCAGUACUACAUUACUGUCUAUCGGUGCCUGGUAUAGAUGUGGCAGCAUAUGGGCUCCUCUAAUUCCGCGCUCUCAGCCCCUCCCUGGCUAUCUAGGCAAAAGUCCGUUCUACAUCUUCAACUUUUUUGUGGAGAUACAAACGGUCUUGAUGUACGCGAUCCUGCGUGUAGAUCUGCGCUACCAUAUUCCCAACGGCGCCAAGGGUGUUGGAUCGUACUCUUCGUCACAGCAACUGGAUGAUGUCGAGAUGCAAGACUCACGACCAACGUCAGCUUCGGAGGUUGUUAAAGAUAGCGGCAUGGAAGUUGCGGCGAAAACCACGCCUAAUUUUGGCCUGACAAUUGACACCAGUACACCGACUAUCCGAGUUCACGAUCCUGAGAAGACGCCCGUCUCUUUGGCUAAUUCGCCAGACACACAUACCGAAUCUGCGCACACAACACCUAACACAUCGCCCAUAUCUCCAACAAAGAGCAAACGCCAGUCUCUCUUACAGUCUCUCUUCAAGCGUCAGUCCAAAGCACCUGCACUACCAGCAAUCCAAGCCGACGUGUUACCCAUCGAAUCUCCAACAGCCGCAGAGCAAAGGUCCCGCUGGCGCGACAGUGAACAGCGGCGCAUAGUAACGCGUUUGGGUGGGCCAUGGCAGGAACUCGAGUCGCCAACAUCUCCCCUGGAAUCCCUAAGCCCAGUCACUACAGUCCACUCCUUCCGAACCAGCGUCACCCCCAGUGUCAGCGCACGCGACAGCGUUGACGGUAUCAGUGUCGGUACUGGACUGUCCAUCGGCCUUCCGAGCGUCGUCACAGCACCAAGUCUGCGAGACACGCUGAGAGCAGAUGGCAACUGGACACCAGAGUUGGAUUGGGAGUUGAGAAGUCCCAGAAGAUUCUUGAGCAUGAAGAAAAGGGUCACCGGGGAGAUUGUAUAACUUGUGCAAUAUCACAGCGAGGCGUUUUUGGGGGGGGCAUACCAUUUGCU